CAUAGAUCGGUACAAGUAUGUAAGAGUGUCGACAGAUCUGACAACCAGAAAGCAUCUUCAAAACAACGAUAAUGUAGAAAGUUUCGAGGGUCAUUAUGUACAUUGAUUUGUUUUUUGUGUUUGCUUAUAUUGAUAUAGUCAUAACACUGAAGACUGGGGAUCCACAUGUUUGUCCAAAGCCAGUUAAGAUGAGUAAUCCGUCUGUAACCCAAAAGGAACUAGAUAUAGAGUGUUGUCCUGACUAUAUUUACCAGAAUAGACAAUGUGAAGCAUGUCCGCCUGGAAAAUUUGGUCAGGAUUGCUCACUGACAUGUUUGAAUAAUUACUACGGGGUGCAGUGCAAACAUGUGUGCAGCUGUACAGGUAACAAGAAAUGUGAUCCAAUUCAUGGCUGUGUCUGUUAUGAAGGAUUUACGGGAAAGUUCUGCAAAGAUGUUUGUCCAACUGGAAGAUACGGCGUGAACUGUUAUGAGGAAUGUUUCUGUGCACAAGACGCUAAGUGUGAUCCGGUAACUGGGGUUUGCUUGUGUCCUGCAGGAUGGUUUGGAGAUCACUGCACAAAGGAAUGCCCAUUUGGAAAAUUUGGAAAGGAUUGCAAUGGAACUUGUGACUGUUCAAAUGACGUAACAUGCGAUGUCAUAAACGGAAAGUGCAGCGAGAAAGAAGAUCCGAAUUCAGAUGGAGACGUUAAUGAAUCAAAUGGUACAGUUAUGAUUUACAUAAUGAUGGCUGCUGCUGUUAUUGGUUUGGUCUGUGUUGUAACGAUGACCUUGAAAGCUAAAGAAGCACUAUGUCGUAAAGUACAGAAACCAAAAAAGAAUGCUACAAAACCAAAGAUUACACGCCGGAAGGCACAACGAAGAUCAUCAACCCACAGAGAAAACGCUCAGACCGAAUCGUUUAAAAUAGAAACAACAGUAUCAGCCUUGCAACAUCCAUUUGAAGAAGAAGACUUGUAUUGUGAAAUAGAAGAUAUCAAUCUUUCCAAAACCCAGUCGGUAUUAAUGCCAAUAUGAUUGUACAAACUUAUGUCGAAAUUCAUAAAAUAUCGAUGACAACAGUUCAAUCAUGGAAAUUUAAGAUAUAUGGAUAAAUAGAAUCGGACAAGGCCAAAUGUUUUUUUAAAAGAUGAUAUUUCUGUAGUAUUGUCGCCUUAUAGUUAUAUUCCAUUUCAGUGUGUUAUUAUUCAAUCUUGAUGAAAUUAAACUCUUUAUAUUGCUUUACAGUAGGAAUGAUUGACGAUAGCAAAUACUUGUUUCACUGAUUCCGUUCAUGUUGCCGAUGUUAAAACUCAUAAAUCCAUAGUUUGUAUGAUUCUAAUAAUAAGAAGAUGGGUAUGUUUAAAAAUGCGGCAAGUAUCAACCAUGGAUUACAGGACAUGAAUGUUACAAAAAUAGGUCGACGAUCGGCCUUUAAUCAAAACUAUAUCAUACCCAAAACUGUAUAGUCAAUCAUAAAAUAGACAAAGUACCUACUAGAUGGAACAUUUCCUUUGUUAUGAAAGAACUAUAAUUUUUAACGCUCUGGACAAUCAAAUAUUAUAUUUGGUUCUGUUAUUGUAUCUCUCUGGUUAUGAACUGAGUAUUUUCACUUGAAACAUUCAAUCCUGAUAACUGUCCCAUGCAUGUUCAGUAAAUGUUUUCUAUCAUAUUUUAACUCCAACAGGGAAUUCAUUAAGUUCUUUGAAUAAAUAGCUUAAAUCCGUUUAUCUUCUAAUUUUAGUUCUUGAAAAAAUAGCUAAAUUGUUUAUCUGAGCUGUGAUUUAAAACUAGGAAUUCUUCAAAUCCUUUUAUGUAAUUAUAGUACUUUUUUAUCCAUCAUACACCAUCUUCGAUAUAUACCGAUUUAUGUUUUCCGAAAAAAAAUUUACUUUUCGUGACUGCACUAGAUAGUUUAAGUAAUUGUAUCCAACUAAACACAAAAGAUAGCUCGUGUUAAAAUAUGAUACUCAACUGAAUAAGAACUAUUAAAUAUAACACUGAAUAAUUGGUUCUAUAAAAUAUUACUGAGAAUAAUCAUAAUAAAGCUAAUACACGUUUAUUUAUCACAA